AUGUAUCUGGACCAUAAUGUGACUGAAUUUAUUCUACUUGGGUUGACUCAGGAUCCUGUGAAAAAGAAAAUAGUAUUUAUCACCUUCUUGUUUUUCUAUCUGGGAACAUUGCUGGGUAACUCUCUGAUUAUUGCAACCAUCAAGACCAGCCCAGCACUGGGGAGCCCCAUGUACUUCUUCCUUUUUCAUUUAUCCUUAUCUGAUACAUGUUUCUCUGCUACCAUAGCCCCUAGAAUGAUUGUGGACACCCUUGUGAAAAGUAGCACUAUCACUUUCAAUGAGUGCAUAAUCCAAGUCUUUUCAUUCCAUUUCUUUGGGUGCCUGGAGAUCUUCAUUCUAAUCCUCAUGGCCGCUGACCGUUAUGUGGCCAUCUGUAAGCCCCUGCACUACAUGACCAUCAUGAACCGACGUGUCUGUACUGUGCUGGUGGCUGUGGCCUGGGUGGGGUCCUGUGUGCAUUCUUUAGUUCAGAUUUUUCUGACCUUGAGUUUACCUUUCUGUGGCCCCAAUGUGAUUGAUCACUAUUUCUGUGACUUGCAGCCCUUGUUGAAACUUGCCUGUGCAGACACCUAUGUCAUCAACCUACUGUUGGUGUCCAACAGUGGGGCUAUCUGCACAGUGAGUUUUGUCAUGCUGAUGUUCUCUUAUGUCAUCAUUUUGCAUUCUCUGAGAAACCAUAGUGCUGAAGGGAGGAGAAAAGCCCUGUCCACCUGCAUCUCCCACAUCAUUGUGGUCGUCUUGUUCUUUGGCCCUUGCAUAUUUAUAUACACACGCCCUGCAACCACCUUCCCCAUGGAUAAGAUGAUUGCUGUGUUUUAUACACUUGGAACACCUUUGCUCAACCCUCUGAUUUACACUCUGAGAAAUGCGGAAGUGAAAAAUGCCAUGAAGAAGUUAUGGAGCAAGAAGUUGGUCUCAGAUGAUAAAAGGUGA